AUGAAACAGAAUAUUAAAAUUUUAGCAGACGACACGGAAAAUUUUUGCAUUGGCAAAGAAAUUAUACAUUCAUACAUACAUCCACACCAAGAACAAGAAGUUCUACAACAAAAUCAGAGAGGGGAACCUUUAGAAUUAGACCACGAAAAUGGAGGCAUUUUACCACCAUGCAAAACUGAGUUAUUUCAACAAUUUCUCCGAGCUAAUUACAUUGCUAGCAUAAGGAAUAAUGCAAAUGAAAAACAACCAACCAUCUUUACUCCAGAAAACAAUGGGUGGACGUUAGAAGAAAACCAGUAUCAUUUUCAUUGGUUUGAUGGUGAUGAAUUACCAAGAGACUUUAGUGAAUCACUUCAAGAUCCAGAAGAAGCUGGCAGCAACGACAACAUAACUGAUGACGAUGAGGAUGAUGACUUGAAUGGACAAUAUGACUGGCUCAAUGAUGAAAAUUCAAAUGAUUAUUCUGAUGAUGAUCAUGAUGAAUAAGAGAAAUCAAAUACUCUCACUUACUAAC